AUGGUAUGUCUCGCUUCCGUGGUGCCUUCGAAGAUGCACGCCGCGCCCGACCCCCCCUUCGGCGGAGCGCCCAGCGAUGUAUGGGGGCCUCUUCCUGCUCCCCUGCUCACGCUGCCCCUCACCCUGCUCGAGAGGCCGCUGCUGAGUGUGCCGCGCGAGCUCGUGAUCGACCUGCUGCUGCGGGUGAAUGUCCAAACGACACUGCAAGCACGUACUGGCCUGAAAAGCGUGGUCACAGAGUCCCUCGCCUCGUUAGGCGAUCACGGUGCCGUCUGGAAGGAGCUCGUCGGGCUGCUGCAGGCCCCGCCGAAGCAGUUCGCGCUGCGCGAGUCCAGGACGAUCGCUAGUCGCGGCUGGAGGUUCCUGAUCACGGGGCGGGCAGUCCGUGGGGCUGCCCAGGUUCCCCUGCACGCAGGCUCACUCGCUGAAAUGGCGCGCGGGUGGUCCACGAGCUUGCUCGUCCUGGCCCUGGCGGCAAGGACCGCAGAGGCAGUCACCACCGAGACGACCACCGUAAGUGCAUACAGCGAGUCGUGGGUCUGCGACGAGUGUUGCUGGAAUAUAGAGGACGACGAGCCCUUCCUGCACAACCCAGGCUACAUGGACUGCAUGUCGAUCUACGGCCACCGCGAGUGGAAGAGCGGCCUGUGGAUCCCAGAGGGCGGUGACUGCCCUACGUGCACGCCCUCCUGCGGCUGCAGGUGGUGCGGGGCGGACGAGGGGUGCGUCUCGGAGCAGUCGGCGACGGAUGCGAAUAUCUAUUUCUCGGUGCCGGCCUUCGUCGUGCUGUUCCGGGAGAGCCUCGAGGUCGUCCUGGUUUUGGUCAUCAUUUUGCAGUUCCUCCAGAAGAGCCAAGCGAACGGGACCAUCUCGGUCGCGCAGCACACAACUUUCCGGCGUGAGGUGUAUGUUGGAGCCAGCAUUGGCUUCCUUGCUUGCGUUGCGUUUGGUGUGGGUAUGCUUGCUCUGAUCUCGUUCGCCCUCAGGGACGUCAAAGGCGAGUCUCACCUGAUACUGGAAGCCGUGCUGAUGAUGGUCACGUCGUGCAUCCUCAGCUUCAUGGCAGUGAACUUCUACAAGAUGAUGUAUGCCAAGGAAGCCCACGAAAGAAAGCUGGCUAAGAUCAUGGAGCAGACAUUGGAAGCUAGUACCGCUGCACAGGACGAAGCUGGACAAACGAACGCUUCCUUCGCCAAGAAACACACGUUCUUCAUGUUUGCAUUCAUGACUGGGUUGCGCGAAGGCCUGGAGUCGAUCCUCUUCCUGUCCGCCAUCGUGGUUGACGCGAAGGACCUGUCCUCGCUCCCGAUCCCCAUCAUCAGCGCGAUCGUCCUGGCCCGGAUCGUGGGGUGGUUCUUCUUCACGGGGACGAAGAGGAUGCCCGUGGCCGUCUUCAUGAAGUUCUCCGCGGUGCUGCUGCUGUUCAUCGCGGCCGGCUUCUUCUCCAUGUCCACGCACAACCUCCAGGAGCUCGGCGUGUUCGGGACGUGGACCCCGAGGGCCGAGCGCCCGUGGCAGAACUCGCGGGUGUUCGACGCCCGGGCGUGCUGCGACGACAUGGGGAACAAGUUCUGGGUGCUCAUGCGGGCCAUGUUCGGCUGGCAGGACCAGCCGACCCCCCUGGAGUUCCUCUCGUACGGCCUCUACUGGGUGCUCGCACUCCUCCUGGGCGGCCUGGUGCUCCGGAGGGCGAGGAGGCAGAUCGAGAAAAUGAAGGAGUCCUGGCGACAGGCCGACGAGCAGAAGGCCAAGGACGCCGAGAUCAACGGCACGGUCCGUGAGAGCAGCGCCGCUCCAGCAGAGUCCGCCGAUCCUUUUGACCUGUGA